AUGGCAGCUCAGACCGGAGCAGCGCUCCUCCUCGUCGGCCUCCUUCCGUACAAUUUGUUGGUGCCCGAAGGCGACAUCGUUUACUCGCAAAGGCAGGUCUGGAAGGACCCCAACAAUGUGCUGACGAGCUGGGAUCCGACCCUUGUCAACCCCUGCACUUGGUUUCAUGUCACCUGCAACCUCACAACUCCGGAUUUGGGGAACGCAGGCAUCUCGGGCACCCUGAUUCCUCAACUGGGACAACUGAAGAACCUGCAGUACCUAGAGCUGUACGCGAACAAUAUGAGUGGAUCAAUACCAACAACUCUGGGCAACCUGACACUCCUGAUCAGCCUCGAUCUUUACAACAACCAUCUCACCGGCGUGAUACCUUCCUCGCUUGGGGCAGUCGGGACACAGCGUUUCCUGAGGCUGCAUGGGAACAAACUGGCAGGGGGUAUACUGGCGUCAUUGGGCCGUCUGAUGAAGCUUGUCGAGCUGGAGCUUCAGGAGAAUACGCUGACCGGCACGGUGCCGCUGGAGGUCCUAUCUCUUGUUCUUGUCGGGGACUUGACUGAACUAAAUGUUGUGCAAAACAAUUUGGCUGGCACUGUUAAAUCAUCUACACAAAGAGUGGCUACUGUCAUCCAGGACACGCUCAAGACUACACUCUGA